UUGUGUGAAACGAAUUAGCGGUGCAAUUAAAAACGUAUCAAAAACUCAUUAUUUCUACUCCUUUGACAAAAUCACAAUGGUUUUGAUAAAGCUAUACAUUUUUAAUGCAGUCAUAAAAUAUUUCUUCACCAAAAUGAUACGUACGAAUUUACCCCUGGUUCUUACGGUCUUAUAUACAUCCAUUGGUUUUUAUGUCUGGGCAAGGGUUUGUAUCUUUAACAACAUAUCUUAACGCAGAAAUUAUUUAUUUUGGCUUAAAAAGAUGGCCUAUAUGACACAAAUUGAGUGUCCCAUUCAUUCACCAGAGUUUGUGCAAAACUUUAGCUGCCGUUUGAAUAAAAAAUCACCGAAUUCUGGAUCCAAAUCAUUUUCCGCUGAAUUUUCGUUAAGAAAAGAAGUUAGUGACGUCAGAGGCGUUUACGUAUUUUCCUUUAAGCAAGGCAAAUCCAUAAUUAACUACACUGCAAUGGAACUUGACUAUUGUCAGGCACUGGCAGCUCUACAAUCACAAAUAUUAUUUAAGAUUAUUGCCGAUGAGCUGCGACGAGUUUCGAACUUUCCACUGCACUGCCCUUUUCAAAUGAACAAAAGGUAUUUCGUUGAUGAAUUUACCAUCAACUCAAAGUUAAUACCCAGCUAUACGCCAGAAAUGAUAUUUACAUCGGACUGCAACAUAUUCAUUAAGAAACUUAGAGUCAUGCAAUUAACCAUUCAUGGUCGUGUAGUUCGCCGCUGAUCGGUCGGUAAAAAGUAUAUAAAAUAAAGUUGACUACGUCGAUUAAUAGAAUGGCUACCAUACG